GUGGGUUCCAGCACCUUUUCACAUUUUACCAUGAAGAUCACAACUGUGAUCUUCCUCCUGGCUUUGGCCAUUCUGGCAACGGCCGAAGACACAAAACAGGAAAGCAAAAAACCGGAAGAAAAAGAGGAGGCAAUAAACGAGAAGGAAGAGAAAAAGGACGAUCAGCAAAAAACAGAAGAAUCUAAACAAACAGAACAAAAACAGGAAAUCGAACAAGGUGACAGGAAGCAGGAGAAGCGAGGUCUUAUCCAUGACUUUGGGUACGGUGUAGGUUUUGGCCACGGGCUGGACAGUGGCUUUUUCGGUGGUCAUGGCCACACCGUACACCACGAGCCCAUCAAGACGGUGACCUUGACCGAAAAAGUGCCAGUACCUCAUCCUUACCCAGUGCACAUACCAGUAGAGAAACACGUUCCAUAUCCAGUAGAGAAACCAGUUCCAUACCCUGUUAAGGUCCCUGUUGAUCGUCCCUAUCCAGUCCCUGUAACCGUUCAUAAGCCUGUCCCCUACACAGUACACAAACCUGUGCCCUACACAGUCAAGGUCCCAGUCGACAAGCCGUACCCUGUUCACGUUACCGUUGAGAAGAAAGUUCCAUACCCAGUCGAAGUGAAAGUCCCUGUGCCCCAGCCUUACACCGUCCACGUACCAAAACCUUACACUGUAGUCGUCGAGAAGAAGGUUCCAGCCCCGUACCCAGUUGAAGUCAAAGUCCCUGUUCCUCAACCCUACCCUGUCCACAUCAAAGUUCCAGUACCCGUACAGGUAGAUCGCCCUGUUCCUGUAGAAGUUAAAGUUCCAUUCGAUAGGCCAAUUCCAGUACAUGUAGAGAAGCCUUACCCAGUUCCUGUAGAAAAGAAAGUACCAUAUCCGGUUGAGAAACCGGUACCUUAUCCCGUGAAGGUCCCAUAUGACAGGCCUAUUCCUGUGCCCGUAGAGAAACCAUACCCCGUCCCUGUAGAGAAAAAAGUACCAGUCCCUGUAGAGAAGAUUGUACCUUAUCCUGUAGAGAGGCCAGUUCCUUACCCUGUAAAAGUCCCAUAUGACAGGCCUGUACCAGUGCACGUAGUUAAACCAUAUCCAGUACCUGUAGAGAAGGAAGUGCCGUAUCCUGUAGAGAAGCCGGUUCCAUAUCCAGUGAAAGUCCCUGUAGAGAAACCGGUGCCAUACCCUGUAGAGAAGCCUGUACCUUACCCAGUUAAGGUACCCGUAGCAAUACCGGUGCAUCACGACCACGGAGGACUGGAGUAUGGCGGACUUGAGUAUGGAGGAUUUGGACAUCACGAGUAAAAGCUAUCAGAAAAUAAGCACCGAGUUAUUACACUGCAGUUUUACCAUCUAUGUGCUGAAUAUGUCGUCAAAGAACUGUCUUGUUUAUAUAUUUCCAUCAUAAUUUAUAACUUCAAUUGUUUGAGCAUUGCAAAUGCAUAGUCGGAAAAACUGUGAGACUUUUUUAUGGGGAGGGUUAUAAUAAUCUGUCAGUCAUUAAAGACGUCACGGCAGAAGAGUUCAUCCUCAAAGUAAUUUAUCGCAAACGUUGAAAGAAAAUGAUUAAAAAUAUAAAAUUAUGGACACACCCAAUAAAUCAUUAUGGAAAAUUGCUCAAACAAAUAACCAAAGACCAACAUCAAAGAUUUUGUUCUAUUUUCCUCCUCAUUCCAUUUAAAACGUUCGUGAACUUUGCAAUUUUCUUGCAUACGCGUGUACACAUAAACGAAUUUACCUCACAAUUGAAAAGAAGAGUCUAAAGGGCUAUACGACCACUGAACAGGGUGACAGAAUAAAAUGAAACUGUCUUUAAGAUCGCAAUUAAAUUGUUGUUUGCAGGGUGCAUGACCCAUAAUAACAUCAGUUGUUUCCUGUAUUACCCAAAUUGCCUUCUCCGGUUACGCUUGAUACUGUUAAGUUUAUGUAUAUUAAA